GUGCAUUAUGGUUUUCUUUGCAAGUCAGUUGUUUUUAAACACGUCUUUGGGUAAAUAAAUAACAUUCGUAUUUAUGUUUCCCGCAUGCAUAAUGUUCUACAUAAAAGUGAGAAGGUGAAAUUAAAAGUUUGUGAACAUAAUAAAAUAGCGGGUCAUGCAAAGUGAAAUUCAUAAGCCCGCGAAAUCCGAGAAGACACCGCGGCGCAAGAAUAAGUUGCCAAGCGGCGCAAUGGACUUGUUCGUGUCACCGAAACGUCAAAAAACCGACGAUUUAGAAGUCACUGGAAUAUCGCGGAGUGGUCGUGUGAGAAAAAAGUCUUCAAAACUUAUGGACUUUGAGUCACCUGAUGAUUUGGAUCAGAAAUAUAAACGACAAAAGGCACAACUUCAAGUACAACAAUUAAUUGAUAGAUAUGAACAGCAAUCAGUAUCAGAGCAACAGAGUCCGGUUCAUCAGGGAAAUACACCGACGAGGCCGAGGAAAAAUUCCCAUAAAUCGAAUAGAAUUAAAAAUGAACCAUUAUCUGAUAAUGAGGCACAUUCUUCAGGAUCCGAUUCCGAAGAUGGUGUGGAGAUGAAUGACGAGGAAAGAUUUAGCAUGGAAUCGGCAACGGAUGAUGAUGUAGAUCCACUUAUGAUUGACGAUAAGGAGACUGGCUUCAGGAGAUUGGAACCUCCUGGUCAGGAAGCUCCCUCACAGGCAAAUAGUUUGUACAUGCUCGAAAAAUGUAAAAAGAAACUUAUCAUUAAAGAUGGAAAAAUUAUCGGUAGAAUGAAAGCUCAGAGGAAGGACAAGGGCAAAACAAGAUUCACUGCGUACAUGCUUUGGGCGAAAGAAAUUAGACAAGAAUUAUUAGAGCAGUGUCCAUAUAUGGACUUUGCUGCAAUUUCGAAGCGACUUGGAGAAUUAUGGGCAACUGUACCUAAUCUCGAGAAAUACAAUUGGCGCAGACGGGCAAAAAGACUAGCUGCAAAACCAAGUAGUUCACCAACAAGUAAGGAUGAAGCUACGUGGAAAAUGCCACCACCAGCAUCACGCAAGAAAUUUAUUAACAAAAGUGGCGGAAAGGAAACGAAACCCUCAUCGUCGAAGAAAAUGAUACAAUUGGGCGUUCCGUCGAUGGUGGGGAAUUUAUCCCUGUCACCAACUUCGAAUCGUAAUAACAAGGAUUUAGUUAAUGAGCCAGUAAUUGGAACAGGAAUGUAUAAAAUUGUCGGCACACAACCAGUGGACGUUGCGGCACAUUUAAAAUUACUUGGCGAAAGUUUAACGAUAAUUGGCGAACGACUGAAAGAACACGAGGGUCAAAUUGCCGUCUCUGGUAGUCUAUCAGUUUUAUUAGAUUCAUUACUCUGUGCACUUGGCCCAUUGAUUUGUCUAACACAACAGGUUCCUGGUGCUAAUGGCGCGAGACCGCAAAUUCUAUCAAAAAUGUUAGAUAACGUCGCAUAUAUAAUGCCUGGUCUCUAACAAAAAUGUACAAAUGAAAACAAAAACUUUUUUCUCUUUCUAUAAAAGUACUUUUUUUUUCGUUUUAUAAUAUGUAGUGAGGUGUAAUAAUUCGUAAAGAUAAUUCAGAAUUUAAGGAAAAUUAUUUGCAAUAGUUGUACAGUUUUUUCUUCUCAUUUUUUUUUCUCUUUUUUAUUUUAAACUCAAUUUAUGUACAAGUUUAUGUUAGAUGUGAAUCUGUGAAUACGUGAAUAUUGCAAAAGUAUGUCGUCAAAAAAAAA